AUGCAGCAAGGCUCUAGCGAGCAAGGUGCCUUGGUGCAACGAGCUGGGCAUCGCCAUGCUACAAGGUGCCAGAGAGUUGCAGCAAGGCACUGGCAGAGGAGCAAGCGGGCUGCCGUAACAAGGCGUGAGCUCACUGCAGCAAGGCGUGAGCUCACUGCAGCAAGGCGUGAGCUCACUUCAGCAAAGCGUGAGCUCACUGCAGCAAGGCGUGAGCUCACUGCAGCAAGGCGUGAGCUCACUGCAGGAAUGCGCGAGCUCACUGGAGCAACGCGUGAGCUCACUGCAGCAAGGCGUGAGCUCACUGCAGCAAGGCGUGAGCUCACUGCAGCAAGGCGUGAGCUCACUGCAGCAAGGCGUGAGCUCACUGCAGCAAGGCGUGAGCUCACUGCAGCAAGGCGUGAGCUCACUGCAGCAAGGCGUGAGCUCACUGCAGCAAGGCGUGAGCUCACUGCAGCAAGGCGUGAGCUCACUGCAGCAAGACGUGAGCUCACUGCAGCAAGGCGUGAGCUCACUGCAGCAAGGCGUGAGCUCACUGCAGCAAGGAGUGAGCUCACUGUAGCAAGGCGUGAGCUCGCUGCAGCAAGGCGUGAGCUCACUGCAGCAAGGCGUGAGCUCACUGCAGCAAGGCGUGAGCUCACUGCAGCAAGGCGUGAGCGCACUGCAGCAAGGCGUGAGCUCACUGCAGCAAGGCGUGAGCUCACUGCAGCAAGGCAUGAGAUCACUGCAGCAAGGAGUGAGCUCAAUGCAGCAAGGCGUGAGCUCACUGCAGCAAGGCGUGAGCUCACUGCAGCAAGGCGUGAGCUCACUGCAUCAAGGCGUGAGCUCACUGCAGCAACGCGUGAGCUCACUGCAGCAACGCGUGAGCUCAUUGCACCAACGCGUGAGCGCAUGCACAAAUUUACCAGCGCGCUGCCGCAACAAGGCUGCCGCAGGAAUUUGCCAGCGCCGCAAACAAGGCAGCAGCGCACAAGCCGCCAGCUUGCUACAAGCAUCCACCACCUCCACCCCACCAUCCUUUCUUUCCCACCGCGCCGUCCUCUCUCCCUCCCACCCGCCCUCGCCUCCCACCCGCCCUCGCCUCUCCUUCCUACCCGCCGUCGCCGCUCCCUCCUCCUGCCGUCGCCGCUCCCUCCCACCCCGCCGUCGCCUCUCCCUCCGCCGUCGCCUCUCCCUCCGCCGUCGCAUCUCCCUCCGCCGUCGCCUCUCCCUCCGCCGUCGCCUCUCCCUCCGCCGUCGCCUCUCCCUCCGCCGUCGCCUCUCCCUCCGCCGUCGCCUCUCCCUCCGCCGUCGCCUCUCCCUCCGCCGUCGCUUCUCCCUCCGCCGUCGCCUCUCCCUCCCCAUCGUCUCCUCCCUCCCCAUCCCGUCGCCUCCGCUCCUUCCCAUCCCGUCGCCUCCGCUCCCUCCCAUCCCGUCGCCUCCGCUCCCUCCCAUCCCGUCGCCUCCGCUCCCUCCCAUCCCCUCGCCUCCGCUCCCUCCCAUACCGCCGUCGUCCCCUCCCACCCCGCCGUUGCCUCUCUCACCUACCCCGCCGUCGCCACUCCCUACCCUCCCGCCGCCGUCUCUCCCUCCCAUCCCGCCGCCGUCUCUCCCUCCCAUCCCGCCGCCGUCUCUCCCUCCCAUCCCGCCGUCGCCACUCUCUCCCAUCCCGCCACCGCCUCUCCCUCUCAUCCCGCCGCCGUCUCUCCCUCCCAUCCCGCCGCCGUCUCUCCCUCCCAUCCCGCCGCCGUCUCUCCCUCCCAUCCCGCCGUCGCCACUCUCUCCCAUCCCGCCACCGCCUCUCCCUCUCAUCCCGCCGCCGUCUCUCCCUCCCAUCCUGCUUCGCCACUCUCUCUCAUCCCGCCGUCGCCACUCCCUCCCAUCCUGCUUCGCCACUCUCUCUCAUCCCGCCGUCGCCACUCCCUCCCAUCCUGCUUCGCCACUCUCUCUCAUCCCGCCGUCGCCACUCCCUCCCAUCCUGCUCCGCCACUCUCUCUCAUCCCGCCGUCGCCACUCCCUCCCAUCCUGCUCCGCCACUCUCUCUCAUCCCGCCGUCGCCACUCCCUCCCAUCCUGCUUCGCCACUCUCUCUCAUCCCGCCGUCGCCACUCCCUCCCAUCCUGCUUCGCCACUCUCUCUCAUCCCGCCGUCGCCACUCCCUCCCAUCCUGCUUCGCCACUCUCUCUCAUCCCGCCGUCGCCACUCCCUCCCAUCCUGCUUCGCCACUCUCUCUCAUCCCGCCGUCGCCACUCCCUCCCAUCCUGCUUCGCCACUCUCUCUCAUCCCGCCGUCGCCACUCCCUCCCAUCCUGCUUCGCCACUCUCUCUCAUCCCGCCGUCGCCACUCCCUCCCAUCCUGCUUCGCCACUCUCUCUCAUCCCGCCGUCGCCACUCCCUCCCAUCCUGCUUCGCCACUCUCUCUCAUCCCGCCGUCGCCACUCCCUCCCAUCAUGCCGCCGUCUCUCCCUUCCAUUCCGCCGCUCCUCGCCCUCAUCCCCGCCGCGCCACUCCCUCCCGUCCCGCCGUGGGGAGGUUUGAGAGCAUGGAUAAGGAUGGUGCGCGAACGAGAGCUGGUGCGCUAG